ACCCAAUGAAAUUUUACCCUGGUCUUCACCGGAAGUUUAUCACUAGGCCGGAAGUCAGCAGCGAUUGGUUUCCAACAGCAACGCCAAAGGGAAGACGACGCCAAUGUGUAAUCACCAGUACCUGCAUUAAUUAAAUAACUUGUGAAUAUACAAUUACGUGCGUUGUAAGGCAGCUUGUAUGACAGAUACUUGUAUUUAAAUCUUCAUCAUGUUGGGGAAUAAGGCUGCCACUACAAUUGGACCAGAAUCGUGGAGAAAUUCAACGCUGAAAGGAAUUAAACUAUCACAAACAAUUGUUCAAAAGAGUGAUAAAAGUUGUGAUGUUGGUAGAUCACUGGAUCCCCUUCCACAUCUCAGAGAUACUGUUGCACAGCUAAGUAAUGAUGAAAUUCAUAGAUAUUCAAGAGAAGUUAGGGUUAUUGUUGCUAAACUCCGCGAAAGUUUAUUGGACACAAAUGAAGAAAUAAAAUCCCUCACUAGAGGUAAAGAAGCUUUGGAGAAGGCAUUGGAACAUACAAGGAAAGAUAUUGCCCUGAAUAAAGACAGCCAAGAAGUACGGAUCUCUAGACCAGCCAGAGAAAGGGAACAUGAUGGUGCUGAUGAUUUGCUGAAUGCAGAGCGUGCCCAUUUAUUGAACUGCAAAAAAGCUCUGGAGGCCCAACUUCGUUCUGUUCAACAGCAACUUCAGGUUUUAGAUGCUGCCAGACGUCGUCUGUUUAACGUCCUGAAUGAGAGAUCUCGUGUGAUGGACUUACUAAACCACUCCCUCUCCUCCGCUAACAUUGGCAGUCAGAGUGCCCCCUCAGGGAUGGGUAGAAGCCGUACCUCCCUGGAUGGUCGCCUCUCAAGGUUACAUGAAAUGUCAGGUAAACUGGGAUUCAUGUCUCUAGGUCAACCUGACCCCCUGGGGCCAUAUACCCCUGAGGCUGACCAAGCCUUGGUGGAUUCGGAGGAGGCUCGUGCCCGCUCGGCUUACCUCAGGCGAGAGUUGAAAGAAGCCAUUGAUAGAACUGAAAAACUUCAGAAAGCUGCCCACAAGUCUGUCAAUGACGGCCUUACCCAGAAAGUGGCAGAGACCAUCACUCUCAAGCAACACCUUGGGGUUGGUUUGGGAGAGAAUCGUCAUGGUAUCCACCGAGCCCAGAGAUGGUACGAUGCCACAGAUAAGGCUCGAGGUUAUACUAUGGGCCCAGUUGCUUAUUCUGAUAUUUCAACCCGCGAGCGUUUGGAUCGUCCAAUGGUCAAGGUGUUCCAAAGACAUCCCGGAACUCAGUUACCAGAGGCUCAAGAGAUCAUCAGGAGUGGAGAUGGUCUGCUUCAGUCUCUAACAGCCACGAGUCGUAACAUUGGUCUCCUGAAACUGUCACAACUCCGCCUCCGUAACGACAUCAAAGGGAAAUCCAUGGCCUCUUCCGUGGAUGGCAGUAUCAUUCGUCUCCGUCGCAGGAAGUCCGAUCACAGAUGGACUCUGGGAGAAGCUUUUUAACAAUAUGGAUUAUUUUCCUUGAUAAGAAAAGUGUUAAUGAACUCUGGUGUUUAAAUUUUCCAGCAAUCUUGAUGCAAACUUAUUGUAAAUUUCAGUAAUUCAAACUGAAUUUUUUAUCUGAUCAUGUGCACAAUAUAUUUACUUUUCUGAAUUUUGAUAUUUUCUGCAUAGCUUAUGUGACCUGAAAAAUCAAGCACAAGAUGAGCAAGCCAUUGCAUGCGUUGUUGUUUUUUCAUUGGAUAAUUUUGGGUAAAUGUUUGUUAACAUAGUGAUUGUGUUUGCUUGUAGCAAAAACGAGCAAAGUAGAAAUCAGUAUUAUUAUAUGUACAAGUUAUUUAUGAAGCUUAUUUGCAUAUUAAUCGAGAUAGAUUUUUGAUAGUAUAUUUUUUGCUAGAUAUCUUCUCAUAUUUUGAAUUUUUUCAGAGAAGAAAAGUCGGCAUGUACAAUGAGUGAUCCCAGCAUAAUUUGAUAGUUUGUUGUAAUUCAAACAGAAUCUUUUAUAUUUCAGAGAGAGCAGUACUCACUUGAGUAUUAUGAACAGUAUUAUUAUAUAAUAAUGUAUUAUAUAUAUUAUGCAAAGUUUGCUCAAACUUGGUAUCUGGUAACCAUAGAUUUGACAACUACUGAAGGACAGAUCCACAAGUCCCCCAUCUGCUGAUCUGAUGCUUUGUUCACUGUCCAAACUUCACUGUGAUAUUUUGUUUUGUUUAUAUAUAUAUAUAUUUAAUAUGUUAAAAGUAAUUUAUUAUGGCAUUGUAUUUGUUUCCUUUAUCUCAUUUUUCGUAUAAUGAAUAAAUAAUAAAUCUUAAUUUUUUGAUUGAAAUCACAAAUGUUGGAUGGAUACAUCAAUUAAUAUUAUUUACAUAAUUAACUUGUGCAAAGGCUCGAAAAAGCAUGACUUGCCAUUUGUGUUUUCUAACAACCAUUUUUUGCUUACGACCCAUUUCUUUGUCAUAUAGUCUAUAAAUAUAUUUAUCAUUGUUUCAAUCAAAAUAUGGAAAAAGGUUUUAAAGUCUAUCAGAGGUUGAAUAUUUCAUAUAUCUCACUGCACAGUAUUUGUUAAUGUUUACAUGAGUGCUAUUAAAAAAAUUACCAAAAAAAAA